UUUUAAAAAUAUCAAAGAUGGCGUACGACUCUGGACAAGAUUACUACGGAGGUAACGAUUAUAAAUGGGAUAAUAGAAGCGGAGGAGGGAAUUACAGUUAUGAUUUCGGUUCUUCCGACUUCGGAAGCGAGCCGCAAUUCGCUACGUUCGAUUAUAAUCAAGAACUACCAUCCACGCCUUACAGAGGAAGCAUUUUAACUCCAGUACCACUGAAUCCCACGUACACGUCUUCGGGAGAUAACUUCGAGGACGAACCCCCCCUGCUGGAAGAAUUGGGAAUUAACUUCGAUCAUAUUAUGCAAAAAACUUUGGCAGUUUUGAAUCCAUUACGUGAUGCCGAUGCUGUCAUUUUACAAGAAUCCGAUCUGGCUGGUCCUUUGGUUUUCUGUUUGACGUUUGGAAGUUUUCUGUUACUCAGCGGAAAAGUGCAUUUCGGUUACAUCUACGGUAUUGGCGUCAUGGGCUGUCUGGCCAUGUACCUCCUGUUAAACGUCAUGAGCGGAUCCGGAAUAUCCGUCGGUUGCACCAUUAGCGUGUUGGGGUAUUGUCUUCUUCCCAUGGUGGUCCUUUCUGGAGUUUCCAUCGUGUUGUCUCUCAAAGGAUCUAUGGGUACCGGUUUGGCCGUCUUUAUAGUUCUGUGGUGUGCUCUUUCGGCUUCCAAAUUGUUCGUCACCGCUCUGGCUAUGGAUCAUCAACAGCCUCUCGUGGCUUAUCCCUGUGCAUUGCUCUACGGUGUUUUCGCCCUCUUGACCAUUUUCUAAGUCCGAGACGCUUAAAAAAAAACUCGAUACGACGAGUGGAUUUCUAUUUAUACAUCCUAUUAUUAUGUGAAUAUAAAAAAGUGUCAAUGAAAAUAUAUUUUCGUAUGUUCUAAUAUUAAAUUUAAUUUAUAUAGCGAUAGUUUAUAUAUUUACUAAUUGUUCGAACGUUCGGUCGACAGAAUUACAUAAUGUUUUAAAUGAUAAGGCUAUAUAAAUGUGUGCACAAAUACGAUAGUGUAAAAUAUGCUUACAUUGUAGAGAACUUGGCUUUUGUUAAAUUAUCAUUCUGAAGUUACGUGUACUGUACAUUUCAAAUUCUGUUUCUAUAAAAAUUUUUGUACAAAAGUAGAACAUGUUUUUCGGUUUAAUGCUGUUAAUGUCUGAUAAGUGAUGCAUUGUUGAAUAUUCAUGAUACUGAAACUUUCCAGGAAUGCUUGCUAUUGCAUUAAUUUAGUGUAAAUAUAAGUGGGUAUUUGGAUACAAAGAUCCUUCAUGUUGCUUUCCCGCAUUCUCUACACCGAUUUUAAUUUUCAUGUUCUUUUCGACAUAUACUUCCACUUCAGUUGUUAGAAGUCAUUAAAGCAGUUCCUGAUGGCUGCUUUUAGCUGUGCUUAGUCUCCGACAUGUAAUUUAAAAUGGAGUUAAAGAAAUUUUCUUAGAUACGUUGUCCCAAAGAGAAUUAUUGUUUCAAUUCUCUUCAAGGAAGCUGUUAUGUCGGAUAUGGUUUUGACAUUGUGCAUGGAAUUUGUCAUCAAGAUACCGAUGGCACAAUAUCAUGCAUAGGAACUUUGUCAAAUUCUACAUUCAAUAGAAAAAAAGGUAUAACUAUUUUAAAUCUAAUGAAGCAGAAAAAUAUGAAUUUUUCUUGUCUGAAAAAAAUUAAAAUUGUUAAGAUCAAACUUUGAACAAAUUCUGUAAAAUAUUGUUGAGUAGAAUCAUGUAGAAAUUCAACUUUAGUACUAAAAACACUGUCUUUUCACUGUUAACUUUCUUUAAUUACAAAAAGAAUGCUCAGGAAAGUACUUCCAACCUUUAUAAAAAUGUCUGACGGGUAAAAAAUGGAAGAAAAAAAAACAUAUUUUAUAAUGUUAAUGUAAAUUUCUAAAUUUUAAUUCUUUAUGGACUUGAAUAGUGUGGCCCAUAUGCUUAGGAGCUUUAUUACAGGAUCGUAUUUAUUUUUUGUUUCGCUUGAUGAUCACAUUUUAGCAAAUGAAAGUAUUUGUAUGAGCAUUUAUUUUCAUUAUUAAUGAUGAAAAGACAGUGUUUUUAGUAGUAUUUACUUUAUGAACAUUUCAGCAUGGUGAAUUUGUUCGUUUAACUUUAAUAACAUAAAAUUAAUAUUGAAAAUACGAGGACACAAAUGUAAAAAUAUGAUUAAAUUACAAUUCUAAACUGGAUGUAUUUUAAAGCAUUUUAACUAUAUCCAGCAUGUCUUAAGUGGCGUGCACAUAUUGCGACGACAGAUUUCACUUCGUUUUUUAUUCCCACUCCCUUUCUGUAUACAAUUCGUUGUCAUCACUGCUUCCCCUCCCCAUUCGCACUAUCAAUUAAUUAACAACAGAAUAUUCCAAAAUAAAUGAAUUAUUUUGUAUGUGCAAACACUCUAAUGACUCUCCCCUCUUGUAUGUGCAAACACUCUAAUGACUCUAAUAACACUCUUCCCCUCUCCCCGUGUCAGCAUUUGUCAACACCCUCCCCAUCUUGAUGUCAUUGCAAUAAAUGCACGUCAACUUAUGAGUCUGGAAUCCAAGUUUAUUUUUACAGGUAAGACAGAACUGAGUAAGGAAGAAAUUAUUUUGAUGGUGGAGUCUGAAAUCAGUGUGAAGUUACCAAAGAGUUUAACUGGCUGUAUCCAGAUUAUUAUAAUGGUGGGAAUUCUGGAUAAAGCUUGUUAAACUCUCUUAAAUAACUUGAAUUCUUUUCUUCUUACUCAUUGCCAUGCUUUACCUGUAAAAGAAUAAACAAAGAUUAACAUAAUUCCUAUUGUUCCAGAUUUAUAGGACACUUAAGACUCUUCAGUAAGGCACGUUUGAUUACAAAUAGAUUGUAAAGAUUGAAAAUUUUAUCUUUAUUGACUUUUGCAAGUAGUAAACUAAUGUCAUAAAAUGAUAAUUAAUGACCGAAUACAUAUAUUCUUUUAGGGAUAAAUUUUAUCGUGAAUAAAAUUGUAUAAUUAUAUAAAUUCUUGUUCUUAAAUGUCAAGUAUUAAAUGAACUUUUCAUUCGUUUGAAUGUCGUAUAAUUAAAUUCUCAUAUCAAAGUAAGAUUAAACAUUAAAUCCUACAUUAAAGAUGUAAGGAUUUACUGUACAACUUAUGUGAAUGUGCAUCAUCAU